CAGCAGCACCACCACCACCUACAGCAGCAACAGCAGCACCAACAGCAGCAACAGCAGCACCACCACCACCAACAGCAGCAACAGCAGCACCACCACCACCAACAGCAGCAACAGCAGCACCACCACCACCAACAGCAGCAACAGCAGCACCACCACCACCAACAGCAGCAACAGCAGCACCACCACCACCAACAGCAGCAACAGCAGCACCACCACCACCAACAGCAGCAACAGCAGCAACAGCAGCAGCACCACCACCAACAGCAGCAACAGCAGCAACAGCAGCACCAUCACCACCAACAGCAGCAACAGCAGCACCACCACCACCAACAGCAGCAACAGCAGCGCCACCACCACCAACAGCAGCAACAGCAGCAACAGCAGCACCACCACCACCAACAGCAGCAACAGCAGCACCACCACCACCAACAGCAGCAACAGCAGCACCACCACCACCAACAGCAGCAACAGCAGCACCACCACCACCAACAGCAGCAACAGCAGCACCACCACCACCAACAGCAGCAACAGCAGCACCACCACCACCAACAGCAGCAACAGCAGCACCACCACCACCAACAGCAGCAACAGCAGCACCACCACCACCAACAGCAGCAACAGCAGCAACACCACCACCAACAGCAGCAACAGCAGCAACAGCAGCACCAUCACCACCAACAGCAGCAACAGCAGCAACAGCAGCAGCACCACCACCAACAGCAGCAACAGCAGCAACAGCAGCACCACCACCACCAACAGCAGCAACAGCAGCAAAAGCAACAACAGCAGCGACAGAAGCAACACCAACAACAGCAUCAGCACCAUCAGGCAGCAACAACAACAACAGCAGAAAUAGAACCAACCAACAGCAGAAACGCAACACCUCCGAGAACAACAGAAGCAACAGAAGCACCACCAACAGGAGCAGCAACAGCAGCAUCACCACCACCAUCAGCAGCAACAGCGGCAACAGCAGCGACACCACCACCAAAAGCAGGACCAGCAGGACCAGCAGCAACAGCAGCAACAGCAACAGCAGCAUCACCACCACCAACAACAGGAACAGCGCAAAGAGCAGCAGCACCACCACAAACAUUAGUAGCAGCUUCAACAGCAGGAAAAGCAGGAACAACAGCAACAGCGGCAACAGCAGCAGCAGCAGCACCACCACCACCACCAAUAUCAGCAGCAGCAGCAGCAGCAACAGCACCACCAAUAUCAUAA